AUGGCGUGGCUGACAACGGGCUUUCAGAACAUGAGUCAGUUGCUUUUCAACGGUGGCUCGAUGCAAUACGAUUCCAUGUUCAACUACGGCGCCACUCCUGCGACAUACUACCCAACAUCCUCAAAUAAGAUCUCCGUCGAGUAUACGGGAUCUAGCACACUCGACGACCGAGACCGCAGACGGCGGAGAUCCGGCAGCACGUCUACCUCGAGCAUCAACACCUCCAAGGACAAGGAUUCACUAACGAACAUGCACCUGCGGCGACGCGCACAAAACCGUGCCUCGCAACGAGCAUUCCGCGAGCGCAAGGAAAAGCACGUCAAGGGCCUCGAGCACCAACUCGAAGACCUCCACGAGAAGCAUCAAGACCUCCUGCAAUCGUACAGCCGGCAGGCCGACGAAGUCUCGCGCCUCAACGCACGCGUCUCGGAACUGACCGCCGAGCUGGGCAGCCUCCGCACGACAGGCCACCAGGACCAGUCCUUCUCCGAGAUGCUGAUGCCAGACAAGUUCGACAAGUUCGACGCCUUUGCCGCGCAUGACAGCAUGCUCUACAACGGGCCCGAGAGCUAUUUCGACAAGAGCGCCGCGGACCUCAAUUCCGAGUUUGCGCUGCAUUCUUUCGAGGACUCGCUAUGA